AUGUGGGUUGCAAAAGAGCAAAGUGAUGUUUAUUUGCUUUUGCUGGGCAGUGAUUUGGUAGUUGGAAUGAUUGGAGUUUUUGAAAAGCAACUGGGAUGGUGGUUAUUACUGCCAACAUGCUUAGCUUUUUGGACAAAGUACACCGUAGAGUACGACGCAAUGCGAGUAGGUCGUUGUUACUCAAAAUGCGAUCGAUAUCCUUCAAUUAACCAGUGCAUGGAAACCUGUCUAUCGGAAAAUUUCACCAAGCCGGGAAAAUGUCCCGAGGAAAACUCAAUGUCUCCUUUCGAAGCAGUUUGCCUAAUUGCGUGUGCCAAUGACUCUCAAUGCACCGAUUUAGGAAAAUAUUUGCCUCCAAUUCCAGAAAAAAUCAUCAUCAGGAGGGAGAAGAGCAACAUGGUGACUCUUAAUUGGAAGCCCAAGGACCUGGUUCCAAGACACGAUGAAGGGGUCUGUUACCUGGUGGAAGAACGACAUGUCCUGGGUCCAAGAUACUCGGAGUCCCGGUUGACUUCCUGGGGUGUUUUGCAUAUGGGGAGGAAACCCUUUCCUUCUAUAAAGGCUGGACUGAAGACCGGACAUUGGUACCAGUUCCGGGUCGCGGCUGUCAAUGAAAAAGGAUCCAGGGGGUACUCCGUUGCGUCGAAACCGUUUAAGACAGCUGUAAUUCAGAAUGCAAUGUUUUUGUUGGGGCGGAUGAAAGAACCUCGGAAUCCGCGGGAGCCACGCAACCUAUCUCUGAGCGGGGCCCGGGUCCAGCCGUUGGAUGGCAAGCUGAGAAUUCUUCUUCGUUGGAGGCAGCCACCCUCUGACGUUCCGAUCAUGUUUUACAAGUUGUUCUGGAGUCAACUGAUAGUCGGACCUACCAAUGAAUCUGUUAUCAUUUCUCAUCGCAGCAUUUCGAAGGACAAAAAUUGCUUCGAAAUUAAAAAUUUGGAAAUCGGGUGGCAGUAUUUUCUACAAGUUCAAGCGGUUUCCGUCUAUGGAGGCAGGAGGAUCAUGUCCAAAAAAGUUUCCCAGGUUUUUAAUAGCACGGAUUAUCGAGAUUAUGCAGACACAGAGGGUCACUCUGGAAGAUGUGAGCGGCACCACUUGGGAUUACGCGUUCGCCGGCUAAUUUGUCAAUGCUCUGAAGAAAUUGACGCGCGAUUAGUUUGGCCAGUUGACGAGGAAGCUGCCAGUUACAACGUUUCCUGGCGCCUGGAGUCCUGCAGUGUCUUUAAGAACUCGCGGAAUUCUAAGAUCACUCCUAACCUAAUUUCUCCGAUUGCGCUGUCGGAAAUUACACAAAAAACGCGGUUUGAUAUCAAGAAUUUGGAGAAAAACUGCACUUACACCGUCAAUGUGCGCAGUAUUUUAAAUAAUAAUAAUAAUAAUGGCAAUGAUAAUAAUAAUAAUAGUGAAGAUAAGAAAGAUAAUAAUGAGUUAGGAGGACCGGCUGAUGAUAAUUGGCCGACUGAAGUUAAUGAAGAGCGCAAUUUAUCGAUCGAGCUGACGACAAAUGUCAGCUGCAAUAAAAUUCGACAGAAUCGUAACAAUAAUAAUAAUAAUAAUAAUAAUAGUAACGAUAAUAACAAUGGUGAUUUUAAAUUAACAAAGUGUAAAAAAAGAAAAACUAGACUCAAAAAAAUUUACAAUAAA